AUGAAUGAGAAUGCUGCAGCUGACAAUUUAGAUCAAAAGAAACGUAAAGCUAAGGCUAUUGAUAUAUUCAACACUCAUCAUCCACUCCUCUCUCAGUCUCUCUCUGAUCCUGUCAGUGUGGCUAUUAUGCUUCAAAGAGAGGGUGUCAUAACAGGACAAGUAUUGGCUAGAGUGGAAUCAGCUAGUCCCUCUGUUCCUAAUCAACGUGAAGUACUGUUAGCUGCCAUUAUAGUAGCUAUUGAAACCAAGUAUAGUUUACUACAAACAUUUGCUAGUGUGUUAUGCAUGUUCACUGGUAAUGUAAAACUAGGAACAGUUAUAGAAAGAGACUAUGACCAAUCUUUUAAUGAUAAUAAGAAGGUUAUUAAAGUUGUUAUUCCUGAAGAUGAUAUGAGCACUGAUACAAUAAACACUGGAACAACUGCACUAUCACCUACUCUGCCUAAUACACCAACUGUUGAGAUAGCCAUUCCUCAAUGCAUGAGUGAUGAAUUCACUUCAAUACAAACGUCUUAUGGUCGAAUGUUGUACAAUGUUCGUAAAAUAAUGAAAAACAAGCCACCACCAAUAGAUGAUAUAAAGGAAUAUCUUUGUUGCUGUCGGAGCAGUCUUGAACCAAAGCUGUCUUUGUGUUCCAAUAUCACUGAAAUAUUACGAGUAGUAGAGAAAGAGUGUUCAUUGAUCAAUAUUAAACUGCUUCAAUCAUUAAUUGAAGAAUUCAAAAUCAAAAAAGCUGAAAAAUACAUUACAGAAUACAAAGCCAUAUUAAAAGAGUUUUGUCACACAGUAAAGAUUACUCUUUGCUUAAAUGAAAAGUUUGAAGCAUUAGGAGGUAGCCCUUCUCUUCAAUGUGAAACAGGUACGUAUGUCUUUGACUGGGAACCAGAUGAACACAUGCUACAAGAUAUCAAGCAAAUCAUUUCGAAGACGUCUGGUAAACUAGUGAAAAUAAAAUACAUCAAGAAAGGAAACUCUAUCAUUGUCACCUGCUCCUUCCCUCACUUUCUCACUGAAGCUCUCAUUAUACAAUUGAGUGAGAAUCUUGACUUAUUAAUGAAGAGUGGUCUAAUGAAGCUUACUGUUGGAUACUGCACAAUAUGGAAGAAACAAAAGAUACAAGAAAUACAGGAACCACUCAAAGAGGAUUUACAGGAGAUAGAGGAACAACCUCAUGAUACAAAAAGACAGAAAGAACUUAAAGAAACUGCACUACAACUAACAAACAUACUUAGUGAUAAAGAAAAGGAGUUGAAUAAAAUCAUGAAAAAAAUACAAGAAUUGUCAUCACAGAAGAAAACUCAGGAGGAUCAAAAUGAAGAGGAAUGUACACUAGUGGAAUUAAAGGAAGUAAAAGAAGCAACCAAUGAGUUGGAAGAAAAACUACAAAGAAUGAAAAAAGAAUAUCACAUUAAAUGUCGUACAUAUUCUACUUCAACAUCAUACAAAAUCAUAAAGGGAAUGAGAAUGGAAAUAGAACAAAUAUUAACAAAUAAAACUGGUACUGAAUCAUAAUGUAUGUGUUAGUGUAUUAUAAUUAUAAUAUGAUAGG